CAGAAUGUUCUAAACAAGCCAUGAUGUUUCUACUUUCUAUGUUUUCCUUUGAAUCCAUGGAACUAGAAAACACUUAAACCCCUGCAAGUGCGAAUCUGCAUCAUCAUCAUCAUCAUCAUCGAGUUUUACAAGCACAAAUCACAAUCCUCGCAAGGAACAGAACCGAUCAACAACAUGUUCGGAGUAGUUUUCCCGAACCGGAGCUUCCCCAUGGACAUCUCAACCUUCGCUCAAAUCGACACCUUCCACUGGGUCCUUGACAUGAACACUUUCGUAGGCGAGGCUUUCGACCAGGUCCGGGAGCUCUGCAUCUUCCUCCUCAACGGCUACACGCUGCCGCCGGAGAAGGCGCUCGCCGUCUACAUCCAGUCGCCGGGGUCGCCGUUCGUGUUCUGCGGCGCCGUCACGGUGGCGCGGCCCUCCGCCGUGCUGACGCUGGCGUGGCCAGAGCCCGGCGCCGGAGGGCCGAUGCAGCUGACGGCGGACGCGCAGCCGCUUUCGGCGAAGAUCGGGGUGUCGGUGGAGGAUCUGGCGUCGCUGCCGUCGCUCGACGUGGCGGCGGAGAAGCGAAUCGAGGGUUUGGCGAUGAAGGUCGGAGAGAAUCUGUUCAAUUUCAUGCAAUCGUUUUGCGGCGUGGACGGGUCGAAGCUGAUUGUUCCGAUGGAUAUCUUGGACCGGUGGUUCAAGAAGUUUCAGGAGCGGGCCAGGCGUGACCCUGAAUACUUGAAGGGUUUCGCUUCGUAAGUCUUUAUUUUUUAUCUGUAGGAAUCGGCGACCGUAUAAGGGAGUUUACAACAAUUCAACCAACUUAGCUAGAUUCUCUUCCUUUGCUUUGUAAUUCUGAAAUUGAAAAAGGGUUCUUUUUAAUUUUUUGUUGCUUUUUUUUGUAAUUUAAUGGUGUAAGAUGAUAAUGAUAGAUAAUAGAAAUGGGAUAUCAUGUUGUAUUGUGAUCCUAAUUUAGAAGUGUUUUUCUGAAAAAGCUGUGCUUCAGUUCAUGAUUUUGUGCCCAUACUGAAAGUAUUUAUGGGGGAUUUGUUUUGGAAAAAAUUGAAGCUUUAGUGUUAAAUUGUUGGAAA